AUGGCCUCUGAGAUCACCGAGCACGACCAGAACGCGUCGCCGUCUGUCCACGACGACGGCAACGGCGCUCUGAAUGUCGGCGAUGCAGCCCGCGGCACCAAGCGCCCGCGCCCGGCUGCCGACGACGACGACGACGACGACGACAAGCCCGGCCGCGAGCGCAGGAAGAUUGAGAUCAAGUUCAUCCAGGACAAGUCGCGUCGCCACAUCACCUUCUCCAAGCGCAAGGCCGGCAUCAUGAAGAAGGCCUACGAACUGUCCGUCCUCACCGGCACCCAGGUCCUGCUGCUCGUCGUCUCCGAGACGGGUCUCGUCUACACCUUCACCACACCGAAGCUGCAGCCUCUUGUGACCAAGCCCGAGGGCAAGAACCUCAUCCAGGCUUGCUUGAACGCUCCUGAGCCCUCCAGUGGCGAUGCCAACGGCGUCGAGGACAACCAGGUCGACUCACCCGAGGACAACCACGCGCAAAUGCCGCCUGGCCAGCCCCGCGGCGUCCCCAACAACGCCAUCCCCCAAGCAUACAUGACCCCCGAGGCUGCUCUGCAAUACCAAAACUACCUCCAGGGCCACCAGCAAUCACAGCAGUAUCCCAUGGCCCAGCACGGCAUGCCCCGCCAUCCCAGCCAGCACUACCCUCAAGAUCAGAAGCUCGGCUAA